UGGGACGGGCGCGGCGGGCGGACAAAGCGGCGCCGGGACAGACGCACGGACGGACAGCGCGGACCGCGCACCGCACCGACCGCAGAAAUGACUACCGUUAAUGCAGGCAACGUUAACUUCAAAUGGGACCCAAAAAGUUUAGAGAUAAGAACGCUGGCAGUUGAAAGACUGCUGGAGCCUCUUGUUACUCAGGUUACAACACUGGUUAAUACCAGUAAUAAAGGACCUUCCAACAAAAAAAGAGGACGUUCAAAAAAGGCUCAUGUGUUGGCUGCAUCGGUUGAACAAGCAACAGAAAAUUUCUUGGAGAAAGGGGACAAAAUUGCAAAAGAGAGCCAGUUUCUUAAAGAGGAGCUAGUGGCAGCUGUGGAGGAUGUUCGCAAGCAGGGUGACUUGAUGAAGAGUGCAUCAGGAGAGUUUGCAGAUGAUCCCUGUUCUUCUGUGAAACGAGGGAAUAUGGUACGCGCAGCCCGUGCCCUCCUGUCUGCUGUUACCCGGCUGCUUAUUUUGGCUGAUAUGGCAGAUGUCUACAAACUGCUUGUUCAACUUAAAGUUGUGGAAGAAGGUAUCCUGAAAUUAAGAAAUGCUGGUACUGAACAAGAUUUAGGAAUACAAUACAAGACUCUCAAGCCAGAAGUGGAUAAACUUAAUAUAAUGGCAGCCAAAAGACAGCAGGAAUUGAAGGACGUGGGCCAUCGUGAUCAGAUGGCUGCAGCCAGAGGAAUUCUACAGAAAAAUAUUCCAAUACUUUAUACUGCUUCUCAGGCCUGUCUGCAGCAUCCUGAUGUAGCUGCUUACAAAGCUAACCGGGACUUGAUCUACAAACAGUUACAACAGGCAGUCACGGGCAUUUCAAACGCAGCCCAAGCUACAGCAUCUGAUGAUGGCACCCAACCACAGGGUGGAGGGGGAGAGCUAGCCUAUGCCCUCAACAACUUCGAUAAACAAAUUAUUGUGGAUCCUUUGAGCUUCAGUGAGGAACGUUUUCGUCCUUCCUUGGAAGAGCGUCUGGAGAGCAUAAUUAGCGGGGCAGCCUUAAUGGCCGAUUCAUCCUGUACGCGUGAUGACAGACGGGAACGUAUUGUUGCUGAGUGCAAUGCAGUGCGACAAGCUCUGCAGGAUCUACUUUCUGAAUAUAUGGGGAAUGCUGGUCGCAAAGAAAGAAGUGAUGCUCUGAAUUCUGCAAUAGACAAAAUGACUAAAAAGACGAGGGACUUGCGCAGACAGCUCCGCAAAGCUGUUAUGGAUCAUGUGUCAGACUCUUUUCUGGAAACAAAUGUUCCACUUCUCGUAUUGAUUGAAGCUGCCAAGAAUGGGAAUGAAAAAGAAGUUAAAGAAUAUGCACAGGUUUUCCGUGAACAUGCCAAUAAGUUGAUUGAGGUUGCCAAUUUGGCUUGUUCCAUCUCAAACAAUGAAGAAGGCGUGAAACUUGUUCGCAUGUCAGCAAGCCAGCUUGAAGCCCUCUGCCCUCAGGUUAUUAAUGCUGCAUUGGCUUUGGCUGCCAAACCACAAAGUAAACUAGCUCAAGAAAACAUGGAUCUCUUUAAAGAACAAUGGGAAAAGCAAGUCCGUGUGUUGACUGAUGCUGUCGAUGACAUCACUUCCAUUGAUGACUUCCUGGCUGUGUCGGAGAAUCAUAUUUUAGAAGAUGUAAACAAAUGUGUUAUUGCUCUCCAAGAAAAAGAUGUUGAUGGUUUAGACCGAACAGCUGGCGCAAUUCGUGGACGCGCAGCUAGAGUCAUUCAUGUUGUCACUUCUGAAAUGGAUAACUAUGAACCUGGAGUCUACACAGAAAAGGUGUUAGAAGCAACCAAGUUGCUGUCCAAUACAGUUAUGCCACGUUUUACUGAGCAAGUGGAAGCCGCUGUGGAAGCACUGAGUUCUGACCCUGCUCAGCCAAUGGAUGAAAAUGAAUUUAUUGAUGCUUCACGACUGGUGUAUGAUGGAAUUCGGGACAUCAGGAAAGCUGUACUGAUGAUCAGAACUCCUGAAGAAUUAGAUGAUUCUGACUUUGAGACUGAAGACUUUGAUGUCAGAAGCAGAACAAGUAUUCAGACUGAAGAUGAUCAGCUCAUUGCUGGGCAAAGUGCUAGAGCUAUCAUGGCUCAACUCCCUCAAGAACAAAAAGCUAAAAUCGCUGAGCAAGUUGCAAGCUUCCAGGAAGAAAAGAGUAAAUUAGAUGCUGAAGUAUCAAAAUGGGAUGACAGUGGAAAUGAUAUUAUUGUUCUAGCAAAACAGAUGUGUAUGAUCAUGAUGGAAAUGACAGACUUCACCAGGGGUAAAGGUCCACUAAAAAAUACUUCAGAUGUAAUUAGUGCAGCCAAGAAAAUUGCAGAGGCUGGAUCGAGGAUGGACAAGCUGGGACGUACGAUUGCUGACCACUGCCCAGAUUCUGCUUGCAAACAGGAUCUUCUAGCCUACCUACAGCGAAUUGCAUUAUACUGCCAUCAGCUGAAUAUUUGCAGCAAAGUUAAAGCAGAAGUUCAAAAUCUCGGAGGAGAACUGGUUGUCUCUGGGGUGGACAGCGCUAUGUCUUUGAUCCAAGCAGCCAAGAACCUGAUGAAUGCUGUGGUGCAAACUGUGAAGGCUUCCUACGUGGCAUCCACUAAAUACCAGAAGUCCCAAGGAAUGGCUUCUCUGAAUCUGCCUGCAGUGUCUUGGAAAAUGAAGGCUCCAGAGAAGAAACCUCUGGUCAAGAGAGAGAAACAGGAUGAAACGCAAACCAAAAUCAAAAGAGCAUCUCAGAAAAAGCAUGUGAAUCCAGUGCAGGCUCUCAGUGAAUUCAAAGCUAUGGAGAGUAUUUAAAGAGGAGGCUUUUCCUUUUGUUCCACUACUGCUAUUCCAGAACUUUACUUUUAAUAUUCUAAGGAUUUCAAAAGUUUACUAUUCAUUAAAAUGUAUUGACUUAAUAUAAUUUUGAUAACUGUGUUUAGAUUACAAGGGGAAAUUAGUCAAAUUUAUAAAUGCUAUCACUAUUACUUCAGCCUGCAGUUGUGUUAAUUUUAGGUUGCUUUUAGAUUUCAGGGGCAUUUUUCUAGCUAACUGUUAUUUUGUACGGCCCUACUUAAAUAAAAUGUUCUAUAACCAAAGAGAAUCUUACAGUAACACUAAUCAGUAGCUUUAUUAUUUGGAUCAUGUUACAUUUUACAAUGAUGAGAUUUUUGCCUUGUGAACAAGAGGAAAAAUAAACCUCAUCACUCAGAAGAAGAAUGAGAUAAAUUACAGUUCUGUAUAUUACACUAUAGUCAUUCUUGGGCUGGGUAGAGGUUAAGUUUUGUAUGUUAGUGACUGAGGGUAGUAGGUGCUAUCUGUGCUGCUUGGAGAAUAUAGAAAGACAUCUGGAAAAAUUGCAGCACACUUUCCUUACUUGGCUCAGUUAGUUUUUGUUUUCUUUUUCUUGUACUUGGAGUAGAGCUGCUCAAUGCAUUUGUUAUGUAUUACUGUUUUCCGAGACACUACUUCAGCUGUGGGUAGUUGAGCUCAUCACAGAAAGUAAUGAGUUAGACCCACACACAUUUUGUGUGUAGAGGAUCUUCUGGUUAUUUAGCAAUAGGCCUUUCGUGAAGAUUUUCAUGUAUGCCUCUGCAGGAAGAGAACCCAACAGAAAACCAGUAAAAUAUAAGGCAUCUUAAAGAAAACUGAUUACUUUUUUCAUGAGACAAGAUAAGAAUUUUAAUGCUUGGUUACAAAUUACUAAUGUACUUUGCCGCAGGACACUAAUAAAGUUGCUUUUACCA